CGCGAGCAAAAAGGACGGCCGCCGCGAGCGACAGAGUUCUGGCAAGGAUGAAUGUGGAGAACCAGGAGGUGAUGCUGGAGCUCGAGGAGGAGGAAGACGACCUCGACGACGACGAGGAGGAAGAGGAUGGGGACAUUGUUUUGCAAGAAUUGGAACAAACAGUUAUUCCCGGCUAUGGAGCACUACUGAGCCAGCAAGCACUUCAUAUGCCAGAAUUGGCAGAGUUUAAUCUGAAACCAGACUCCCUGUACUUUAACGAUGGCCAGAGAAGAAUUGACUUUGUUUUAGUAUAUGAAGAUGAGAACAGAAAGGAAGGUCAUAAGAAGAGCUUACAUAAAAAGCAGAUGAGGAAGAGGCAAGCAUAUGAGUCUAACCUGAUAAGUCGUGGUUUACAACUUGAAGCAACAAAGUCUGUCUUGGAAGAAAAGUUGAUAUUCGUAAAAGUUCAUGUACCUUGGGAAGUGCUGUGCAGUUAUGCUGAGAUUAUGCACAUCAAAAUGCCCCUGCAGCUCAAUGAUCUGAAAGCCCGCGACUCAGCAUUUCAUUGGAUUAGUGGAUUCUUCCGUGUGGAUGAAAGCAUCAUCAAACCAGAGCAGGAGUUUUUUACUGCUCCAUUUGAAAAUGAUCGUUUGUCAGACUUUUACAUUCAGGACAAGGAAACAUUUUUCAAUCCAGCAACAAGGAGCCGAAUAGCUUACUUUAUUCUUUGCCGUGGGGAAUAUGCUAUAAGAGACAAUGUGAAAAAGUUUGGCAUCAAUAAGCUACUGGACUCUGGGAUCUACAAGGCAGCUUUUCCACUCCAUGAUUCAAGAUUCAACUACCAGUCGGAAGAUCCCAACUGCCCAAAUGAACGGUACCUGCUAUACAGAGAAUGGGCCCAUCCUCAAAAUAUUUUCAAAUUGCAGCCGUUAGAUCUUGUCAGGAAAUAUUAUGGUGAGAAAAUUGGGAUCUAUUUUGCCUGGCUGGGAUUCUAUACUCAGAUGUUACUCCUGGCAGCAGUAGUUGGACUUGGAUGCUUUUUGUAUGGAUAUUUUACAAAGGACAACUGCACUUGGAGCCAAGAAGUCUGUGACCCUAACAUAGGAGGUAACAUCAUCAUGUGCCCACAAUGUGAUAAAGAGUGUCCAUACUGGAACCUCACAAUCACCUGCGAAUCAUCCAAGAAACUAUGCAUAUUUGAUAGCUUUGGAACACUGGUGUUUGCGGUAUUUAUGGGAAUCUGGGUUACUUUGUUUCUGGAGUUUUGGAAUCGACGGCAGGCUGAGCUGGAAUAUGAAUGGGACACUGUUGAGUUCUUAGAGCAAGAAGAACAAGUACGUCCAGAGUAUGAAGCAAGAUGCCAUCAUGUAGUAGUGAAUGAAAUCACACAGCAAGAAGAGCACGUCCCAUACACAGCCUGUGGAAAGUGUAUAAGGAUUACCUUCUGUACAAGUGCUGUCUUAUUCUGGGUCCUGCUCAUUAUCGCCUCUGUUAUUGGCAUAAUUGUGUAUAGACUGUCUGUUUUCCUGGUGUUUUCUGCAAAUCUUCCCAAGCACAUUAAUGGAACAGAAGCAAUCCAGAAGUACUUGACUCCACAAGCAGCAACUUCAGUAUCUGCAUCUGUCAUCAGCUUCAUAAUCAUUAUGAUUCUGAACAUGAUCUAUGAGAAAGUAGCAAUCAUGAUCACUGACUUCGAACUACCAAGGACACAGACUGAUUAUGAAAACAGCCUGACUAUGAAGAUGUUUUUAUUCCAAUUUGUCAACUAUUAUUCUUCGUGUUUCUACAUUGCAUUCUUUAAGGGUAAAAUUGUAGGCUACCCUGGUGAUCCAGUUUAUUGGCUGGGAAAAUACAGAAAUGAAGAGUGUGAUCCAGGUGGGUGCCUUCUUGAACUUACAACACAGCUGACAAUAAUAAUGGGAGGCAAAGCAAUCUGGAAUAACAUUCAAGAAGUACUUAUCCCGUGGCUUAAGAAUCUGAUUGGAAGAUGCUGCUCAGCUAAUCGUUCGGAAAAGAUUGUCCCACGCUGGGAACAGGACUAUCACCUACAACCCAUUGGAAAACUUGGAUUGUUUUAUGAGUAUCUUGAAAUGGUUAUCCAGUUUGGAUUUGUCACCUUAUUUGUGGCAUCAUUCCCACUGGCACCCCUUCUGGCUCUCAUUAACAAUUUACUGGAAAUACGUGUGGAUGCCUGGAAGCUUACAACACAGUUCAGGCGCAUGGUUCCUCAGAAAGCUCAGGACAUCGGAGCAUGGCAACCAAUCAUGCAAGGAAUAGCCAUUCUUGCUGUGGUGACAAACGCCAUGAUAAUUGCUUUUACAUCUGAUAUGAUUCCACGUCUGGUUUAUUACUGGUCAUUUUCAAUCCCUCCCUAUGGAAAUCACAGCAGUCAUACCAUGAAGGGGUACAUAAACAAUACACUCUCGGUUUUUGCUGUAUCAGACUUCAGAGGUAAAAGCAAACCAGCUCAUCUUCCCAUGUUUGCAAACCAAACAACAUGCAGAUACCGGGAUUUCCGAUACCCUCCUGGUCAUGAACAUCAGUAUGAACACAAUAUCUAUUACUGGCAUGUUAUUGCAGCCAAGUUAUCAUUCAUCAUUGUCAUGGAGCACAUCAUCUACUUCGUGAAAUUCGUUAUUUCAUACGCCAUCCCAGAUGUGUCAAAGAAAACCAAGAGCAAAAUUAAACGAGAGAAAUAUCUAAUACAGACACUCCUGCAUGAGAAUCCUCUGAAAAGUAUGAAGAAAAAUAUGGGGAACAUCGCUGACAAAAUAUUAAAAGGAACAGACGGCUCUUUCCGACCAAAAUAUGAAUAGAGACUUGACAGUAUCUGGAUUGCUAGUGAUGUGUGAACAUUUCAGCCAAAACAAACAAAAAGGACUGGACUAAAGACUUGAUAAAUCAUAAUUGCAAGAGAAGAAGCAAAUGCUCAUAAAUGUAUUUAACAAAGUAGAGAAGUAUCUAGUGCUAUUUCCCCAUGUUCUUUUCUGGCCUGGAGAUUCUAAGUAUACCGAAUCAGCAUUCGGCAGACCAAAUACCCCAAACCAGCAGCGUUAUAGGUACUUGCCCAGGUGUUCUUUAGCAUUAACCCAUUACUAUCAAUGGAAUUCUAGUUGAUUGCUGUGAACCACAUUACCAGACCAUGGUGCCCAGAGGGCUUUUGCUUCAUUAAUAUUUUCUCUGUUUUGGUCAACCAAUUGUCUUAAUGGUUUCUUACUAUGUAGGAUUUUCCCUCCAGUGCUGCCAGUACCUAUGGGGAAACUCCUCAAUUGGGCAAUCCCACCUAUGAAGUUUCUUAGUUUUAGAAAAUGCUUAUUUUUCAGAGCCUAAGGAACUCUCUGCCACUAUAAUCAGAGUUCCACAAGCUAAGCUUUUUUUACACU